AUGCGACCGUACGUUUAUCUGCUUGUGCUCCUCAGCUUGGCCACUACUGGAAUCGUCUACCUGUGUCAUGUCACAUUCGACUCUUGGUGGAGAUUGCAACGACAACGGUCAUCAGCACCACCGCCGCCUACGUUUAGAGAAGAUAACGAUAUCGAGGUGUCGCCUAUAGUAUCAUAUGACGAGUCGGAUCCAAGGAUAGCAAAUACGUUACGAAGGAUCGAUGAAAAGUAUUGUGGAGGCCCGUGCAGGUUUAUGCUGCCGAUCUUUAUCAUGGAGCAAGAAUCCAAGGCUCAAAUGCAUUUUCGACAAUUGGCUUUCUUAUCGGGCAUGCUAAACCGUACCGUUGUAUUACCCAAUGUGGGAGGUUCACGUCUUGGUGCAUGUUUGGAACAUGAUUUCGACUUUUAUUAUUCUUCCCAAUGGGCUGUGGACCACGCGGAUGAUUUCUCUACCAUUUCUAUGGAAAACUUCUCUAGUUGGGUCAAGGAACGGCUGGCUGUCGGUUUCCCUGCAACGUCACAAACGUUCCAUGUGCAUCUAGACCUGGACCAUAAGCAACUUCAAGAACCCAGCAACUGUUUUGCCGAUUGGAUGGAUACAAGUCGACCCGAUCGCCGCAUUUAUCUUCAUGAUACUGGCAAUGCUCGCAGACGCAAAGGAUAUCAAGAUGUCUUGUACAAUUUCUUCUCUCAAACAAUGGAAGAUCCUGAAGUCUUGAGCACGUAUUAUGAUAGAAGAUAUCCUUUCAUUCAUAAUCCAGCCGCUCAAGCUCCCAUCCCUUACAAUGAAAGAAUCACAGACUUGGUCAAGGAUAUGGCGCAAGAGUUAUCACCUUAUUGGGCUGUCCAUUGGCGUACAGAGCGGGUUGAACCACCUGAAAAUCUCGUGGGAUGUGCAGAAUCGCUUAUUGACUUGGUCCACACGAAUCAAGCACAACAAGAACAGCAGCAGCAGCAGCCAAGAUUAGUCAUGUUGACGGAUUAUCCACAUGUAUUCUCUGAGGAGGCCAUCCAGCAGGCUCUGGAUAAUAAUCCUAAUGAAGAAGAAGAGGAAGGAAUGAAACCAGCCAGUGCUUCUUUCCCUGAACACGCACUCACCAAAUACCAUCAUUUGGCUUUUCAACAUGUUUACAACAACAUCCAAGUUCAAGUCACCAACCUUGAUCAAGGCGCUGACAACGUAACACCUCCUGCCAAUUGGACCGUUUUGCCUAUUUCACCUAAAGUGGCUGGCCACGAUAGCGGUGUUCUUGGCAUCAUUGACAAGCUGUUGGCCAUUCAUGCGGAUGUAUUUAUUGCUGGUGAACCAGGCAUUUGUGCAAGGAGAAGUAGUUUCACGGCACGUAUCAUUGAUGAACGCAUCCUUCGUCGUGGCGAUGACACUAGCACCACGGAUGAAUUACCCAAUGUUGUAGAAUAUUUUGGUUUGCCUCGGCAAUAA